CGAAGCUUUUAGGAACGAAAUUAAAAUAAGGACAAAAGAAUAAUUUUACAUAACUCUACAUUGAUUUCGGCACACUCGGAAAUUAACUUCCUUCAGCACCAGAGAAUUCACCUGCUUCAGAAAUAUUCGUUUUUAGAUCUGGAUUUUAAUUUGGAUUACUUAUUCUUUGUAAUACUAACUGUUCUUUUUUCCAUUUCCUUUCGCAGUUUUAGCUCUUGAUCCCACAAAACCCUAGCUUCAACCAUGAGUAAGCUUCAGAGUGAUGCACUGAGAGAAGCAAUCACUGGGAUAGUGGCUGAUUCCAAAGAGAAGAAUAGGAAGUUUGUGGAGACCAUUGAGCUCCAAAUUGGACUCAAAAACUAUGACCCACAAAAGGAUAAGCGUUUCAGCGGUUCUGUAAAGUUGCCACACAUCCCAAGGCCCAAGAUGAAAAUCUGCAUGCUUGGUGAUGCUCAGCAUGUUGAAGAGGCAGAGAAAAUAGGAUUGGAUUGGAUGGAUGUUGAAGCAUUGAAGAAGCUUAACAAAAAUAAGAAAUUGGUGAAGAAACUUGCCAAGAAAUAUCAUGCUUUCUUGGCUUCUGAAGCAGUCAUUAAGCAGAUUCCUCGUCUCUUGGGUCCUGGUCUCAACAAGGCAGGAAAGUUCCCCACACUUGUUACCCACCAAGAAUCCCUCGAGUCUAAAGUCAAUGAGACCAAGGCUAUGGUGAAAUUUCAGCUUAAGAAGGUGCUCUGCAUGGGAGUAGCUGUAGGCAAUGUAAGCAUGGAGGAAAAGCAAAUCUUCCAAAACGUACAACUGAGCGUUAACUUCCUUGUGUCCUUGUUGAAAAAGAACUGGCAGAAUGUUAGGUGCUUGUAUCUGAAGAGUACCAUGGGAAAAUCCUACCGUGUGUUUUGAAGGAUCUUUUAUAUUCAGUGAAAUUGUGAUUUUGCUUAAUAUAUUAAGUAGCGUAAUACCUCGGCAGCAAUUUUCAUCUUGUUACAGUUUUGUUGGAUGAUUUUUUUGUUAGUUUCUUUAGUUCAUGGUUGUUCUUAAAAUGUGCUUACGAACAUUGGAUCCUAUUUUUGAGCUGAACCUGUUUGCGUACUAUAUAAUUUCCUUCUUGAUAA